UAUCAGGUGCUUGAUCAACUGGCAAAUGCAUUGUUUCGAAGGUCCUAUGCGCUCCGCCGUUGUUUCAGCCACGCCCUUCGGUCCGUCGAACCCAUCAGGCGUCUCUCUCCCCUAAGAACCGCGUAAUGCUCCGACAGCCAGGCUAUGUAACAAGGUAACUUAACCCUGCGCGUGGCUCGCUGCCUGUACAGUCGCGUUCGUCACACGAACCCGAUCCCCACUCGAAGUUCCUCCGUGACUCCAGCACCAUGAUCUCGGUAUCACCGCUGCAGACAGCUGGCCGUACGCCAGCCUUCAAUAUAGCAGCAUCAGCGCAUCACCCAAUCAACUCUAGCGCUGCUAGCAGUAAGCCAUUUCUCGCAUCAUUCCCCCAGCGGCACCGCCGUGAGCACCUUCCUUUCUCCCUCGCUACCCGGCCCAGCAGCUUCGCCGUCAAGUUCCCGCUUCGAACGCGGACGCCGUCUUUAACUCACUUCUUCUCCGCUCCCGACGCUCGCGCGGCGUCUAGUCGCCGCGGGGAGCAGUUCCGGGUGAGCGUGCGUGCGGCGAGCGGGGAUGGCGCUGACAGCAGCAGACUCGUUGAAGGCGGGGGGGAGGGAGGGAUAACGUCGGAUGCACCAAGGGAAGAUGAGCCGGAAGAGAACUCAAGGAAAGAGACCGGCGCGCCUGGUGCUAGUGUUGAGGAGAAUCCUUCAACGAGUAAUGAUUCCGGAAGUGUCGUGAGCCAGGGAGGGAGAGCCCUUGGGAGCCAGGAAGGGUCGAGGCAGAGUUACCGAGACGCGUGGAGGGGUACAGAAAGGGAGGGAGACGCCGCAGGGCGUGUACGGGAGAGGAGUGAGAGCAGGGAUAGAAGGCCUAGGUACGUGAGGAACAGCGGCCGCUGGGAAUGGAUCCCGGCUGGAAGCGAGCGACGCGCCAGCGUGCACGUCAACGUGCCCGUCGCUAACAGCAGCGGCAGGAGCAGCAGCAGCAGAAGCAGGAGCGAUAGCAGUGGCAGCAGCGGCAGCAGCGGCAGCAGUGGUUACCGCAACGGCGGGCGUCGAAGAAGUGUCAGAGACGGCGGAAUUUCCGGAAGUUCCAGCUCGGAAAGCGAGGGGGAAGAGGACGGGGGGAAUGCGCAGGGCGGGCGCGGGACUUGGGAAAGGGAGGAUGGCGCGGGGGGCAAAUCGAGGGGGAAGGGGCGCGGGCUGGCCCUUGCGCGGUCUGUAGUGAUCGACCUGUUGGCGCGGAGCAAGGAGAGCGUGGAGGAGGUGAUUGCUCCGGUGCUGUCGCGAUUGUCCGUCGCAACGCUGUGGGAUCAUAUCCUACGGGACCUAGAGCACAGGGGAAACAAGAGGCGCGCGUACGAGGUAUUCGAGUUCUUGCUUCUGGGUAAGGAGCACCACGGGGUGACCCUCUCCCCUCAGCUCUUCUCCACCGUAAUCACCAUGCUGGGCCGAGACGGCAAGCUGGCACACGCGCGCGCGGCGUUCGACGCGAUGCCGGCGCACGGGGUGACACGUGGCGUGCACGAGUUCACGUCGCUGCUGAGCGGGUACGCGCGGCAUGGGCUGAUCCGCGAGGCGGUGGACGUGCUGGCGCUGAUGAAGGAGGAUGGGUGCGAGCCGAACGUGGUGACGUACAACGCGCUCAUCCACGCGCACGCCAAGCAGGGCUCCCGCGUUGAUAAGGUGCUGGCGCUGUUUGAGGAGAUGACGGCGCUGGGCGUGGAGCCGGACGCCAUCACGUACAACACGCUGAUCAACGUGUGCGUGCGCUGCCGCGACGUGCAGCGCGCCCUCGCCGUCUUCCACACCAUGCGCCACGCCGGCUUCUCCCCCAACGUCAUCACGUACACCAGCCUCGUGGACGGGCUCGGCAAGGCGGGAAGGGUCAAAGAGGCUGCUGAGUUAUUCGAGGAGAUGAAGCACUGCGGGCAGGACCCCAACAGCCGCACGUACAACUCGCUCAUCCGCGCAUAUGGCGAGGCGGGCCUCUAUGACGAGGCCACCAGCCUGUUCCAGGAGAUGGAGCGCGCAGGGUGCAUGCCCGACGCGUUCACGUACAACACGAUGAUCAACUUCUAUGGCAGGGACGGGCAGGUGGAUGCAGCAGAGGGGGUGCUAGAGCAGAUGCGCACGCAGGGGUGCAUCCCAGACAGGGUGACCUACAACACGCUCAUGGACGCAUACGCCAAGGCAGGCCACCCGGAGAAGGCGCAGCGCGUGCUGGCGGUGAUGCGCAGUGCGGGCGUGGCGCCGGACCUCUACACCUUCAACAUCCUGCUCGAGGCCGCCUCUAAGACCCGCACCAUCGAGGACGCUGAUAGAAUCUAUGAGGAGAUCAGCCGCAGUGGCCUGCGGCCCAACCUGGUGACGUUCACAGCCAUGAUCAAUGCGUACGGGCGCAUGGGCCGCCACGAGGAGGCGCAGGAGGUGUGGCGGGAGAUGCGCGCUGCAGGUUGCGUGCCCGGGGGGCAGGCGUACACUGGGCUGAUCAAUGCAUACGCGCGCCAUGGGAUGUAUGAGGAGGCUCAAAGGGUAUUCGACGAGGCGUGUCGUGUGGGCAUUGACCCGGACGUCCGGACCUACACCCAGCUCAUGGACGCGUACGGCCGUGCCGGGGAGUACCGCCGCGCCGAGUCCCUCCUCGCCCAGAUGCAGCGGGCGGGCUUCGUCCCCGAUGCUCUUGCCUAUGCUGUGCUCGUGCGCGCCUUUGCAGUGGCUGAUAGGUUCGAGCUUGCGCUGGUUUACUUUGAGCACGUGUUGCGGGAUGCGAGCCCCGAGAGCCCGCUGUGCCAGCAGCUUAUAUCGGACUUCGGGUCGCUCUAUAGCGCGUACACGGGGAAGAACAUCGAGGGGGUGCAAAGAAGUGGGCCCACUGGCAGCAGCAGCAGCAGCAAGAGUAUCAGGAGUGAUAGUGGUGGAAGCAGCGGUGAUGUAAAUGGGGCAGGGUUGUCUGAAGGAGUGUUAGGAGCAGCGGUUGGGAGUGUGACAAGGCCAGUGCUGCCUGAACCACAGAGAGGCGCAGGGAGAGGGAGAGGGUGAGGCGGUGGGGUUGUGGAGGGCCCCACAGCCCACAGGAGGCAAGCAAGUGCGAGCCUGUCUGGAUUCUGGAGGGUUGAAACGGGUGUGGUGCAAUGCUGGCCGAGUGAGCAAGCAGGCAGAUACAUACCAUGAACGUUGGAUUGGAUUCGAUUCCACUGAAGCAGUGACGCAGGCAGGCAGGCAGGCAGUGCUUGAUAGGGUGAUUCGUGUGCAGGUGACAGGUGCCUGCUGGCGUGAUUUGAUCUCAACGUUGGGUUGAGUGAUGCUUGAAGUCUUAAGAUUUGUUGAGCUUGUAAGGUGCUGGCUGGAGGUUUGGUAAAGCAAGCAAGCACCCUGCUCAUUUGGCUACAUCUGAUUACUUCAUCUCUCGGUUGUUGGUGGUGCACUUAAUAUUGUUUUUGUGGUGCUGUCUUCA